GACAAGCAGCUGCGGCUAAUAGUUUCAAUUCAGUAUGGUUUUGUCUACAGUACUACAGCAGUUGUAAUCAAACAUGCGUUACGCUGUGAGCGGCGGCGCCGGCGGCCCACGUUUAUGCCGCUUUGUUGGCUAUGCAAUGUUUUUUGUGAACUUUUUAGCCAUCAUGUGCAUUAUAAUGUACAGCAACAAUAUUAACCCAUUUAAUUUAACUACUAAAAAUUAUAACCGCGAAGGAUACAUACAACUAGAAUCUUUAGACCCAAACGAAGUUGCCAUCAACAGGUCGAUUUUUUUUGUUGAAACCAACCGGCAAUCAGCUGUUGAGCUAAAACCUAGACAAGCAUGUUCUAUAGAAUCAGCUGCAAGGGCUAAUGCUGAUCGAACAAUAUUUAUUUUACUUCUCAGUCCAAAGUUGGAGUGCAUUAACGAUAUAACGGCCGUAUUUAGACUAGUUACACAAUACAAAAACAUAAAAAUCAGGUACUUUGACUGGAUAAGUGCCACACUGGGCACACCUGUCGAAGAGUUCGUUAAAUCUGGCAAAAUGGAAAGUGGAUUGUGGCCAGUGGAACAGCUUAGCGACCUGUUGCGGCUAUUACUAUUGAGGAUGUUUGGCGGUGUAUACAUGGACACCGAUGUAGUGUCAUUGAGACCUGUGCCUAUAAUGAAUUUUGUAAGCGCCGAGUAUCCCGGAGUCAUGUUAGCCAGUGGUGUAAUAGGAAUACAAGACAGGAGUAUCGCAGAAAAAGGUCUCAUUAUGUACAAAGACGGUUUUGUAGCCGAUCAUUGGACAGAGAAUGGACCAAAGCUGAUCACCAGGUUAAUGCAAGAGAUAUGUGAAACUGAUAACGUAACUGCAAUGUACUCGGGAGAUGCCAAGUGUGACGACUUUACAGUUUAUCCCCCAGAAACUUUCAGUCCGAUUGCUUGGUAUAAUUGGGAAGCGUUUUUUAACGUCGAAAACGAAGAUAAAGUUAUGAGAGAUAUUGAGAACAGCAUAGCAGUACACUUUUGGAACAGGAUGACAAAAAAUACACCAAUCGUCGUUGGUUCGGGACAGCCGUACGCACAAGUAGCUGCAACUUAUUGUCCGCGAGUAUAUGAGACAAUCGACGAUUCAUUUUAGCAAAUGUGCGAGGUAUCAAAACAAAUCUUAACAAAUUCUUGAACGCGACACACAUUCACGACCUCACUUAAUUGAGUGUCAUUGUCUAUUUUAACAAACUCAAUCAACUGUACCUACACAGGGGUCAACGUCCCUGAAUCGUUCUACAGAAAUGUAAUUCUUGUUGUUACAUUCUAAUUAUUUAUUUAUAUUUGUAAUUAUAUCUGUUUGUUUGUUAUAUUUUUUCUUUGUAAAUGAAAUGUAUUUUAUACUUAUUAUAAAUUUUAUAAACAAAUUAUAAAGUAAAUUUUGAGAUUACAAAUUUAAUAUUGGUA